ACGACUCCCCGACCUCGCUCCGGUGCCGUUCAAUGGACUCUCUCCCACUCCCGAAACUCACUCUCUGGUCAACAACCCACUCUCCAAUGUCCAGUGGCGGAUUGCCUGGUGAUAUGGACACCGGUAGUCCAGCAGUUGAUGGUAGACGCUGCUGCGAUGCCGUCUUGGCUCGGUCCUGGGGUUGUACGGAGUGAGGAGCCCGAUUGACUCGAUCUCAUUUAGACCUACUACAGGACUUCUUUUUGUCAAUCUUUCCCCCUCUCAGUUCCAUCGUUGGAUCUUCCGGUGGUUCUACUUCUCUUCUUCUUCUCAUCUGUGUCCUCGCCGUCGGUGUUCCACCUCCUCACAAAAAUGGCUGCAGGCGAGGCUUCAGAGUCGGUCAAAGCGGUCGAGAUGGGCCCCAAAGAGGAUCAGUUGCAGGAAGAGCUGGUCAAUGAGUCGGGUCAUACCCAGGAAAUGGAACGCAACUUCAGUCUGCUCAGUAUCUGUGCAAUUGCCGUCACCACAGGAAGCACAUGGAUUGCCCAGGGAGGCAGUGUUGUUACAGCUUUGAGUAAUGGCGGUCUCGCGGGAACGAUCUAUGAAUUUAUCGCUGUCUCCAUAUGUUACUGGCUGGUGGCCGCAUCCAUCGCCGAAUUGGCCUCGGGAAUGCCCUCUUCGAGUGGAGUGUAUCACUGGGCAACCAUCACUGCGGGCAAGUACGGUCGCGCGUGCGGCUUCUUCGCAGGCUGGUGGAACUGCCUGGCAUGGAUUCUAGGUGCCGCCUCCAUGUCUGCCAUUCUCGGUCAACAGACCGUCUCUAUGUACGCCUUGAUGCACCCUGAGUAUACCGUACACGCGUGGCAUGUCUUCAUCAGCUUCGUUCUCUCCACCUGGCUGUGCUGCUGCGUUGUACUUUUCAUGAACCGCGCUCUCCCCCACAUUGGAAACAUCGGCAUGUUCUUCAUCCUCUCCGGCGUCCUCAUUACCAUCAUCGUCUGCGCCGUCAUGCCCCAUGUGAAUGGCGUCCCUUACGCGACCAACGCCCAGGUCUGGACGGACUGGCAGAACAGCACCGGAUACUCCAGUAACGGUUUUGUUUUCGUCGCCGGAAUGCUGAAUGGCGCAUACAGUGUCGGCACCCCAGACUGCUCUUCCCAUCUUGCUGAGGAAAUUCCCAAACCAAGCCGGAACAUCCCCAAAGCCGUGCUAGCCCAGAUGGCGGUGGGCUUUAUCACGGGCCUGCUGUACAUGAUCGCCAUCUUCUACUCCAUCCGCAGCCUGGAUGAUGUGAUCAACAGUCGUUACAGCCUUCCUCUGGCCGAGAUCUACUAUCAGGCCACCGGUACCCACGGAGGCGCCCUGGGUUUGCUAAUUCUCGCCUUCCUCCCUACCGUGAUCACCUGUGCCGGCUGCUACAUCACAGCCGGCCGGACGCUGUGGACCAUCUCUCGCGACGGGGCUACUCCGUUCAGCGGCUGGCUCUCCCAGAUCAGCCCUACCUUCCACAACCCCUUCAACGCCACGCUGGCCUGUGGCAUCAUCAACACCGUCCUCGCCUGUAUCUACGUGGGUUCCAGCACCGCUUUUAGCGCCUUCAUCGACUCGUUCGUGCAGCUGUCCAGCUUGUCCUACUUUGCCGCCAUCUUGCCUCACCUCCUCACCCGCCGGUCCACAUUUGCCCCCGGGGUUUUCUGGAUGAAGGGAGCAAUCGGCUACAUCGUCAAUGCUUUGAGCUGCAUCUACAUCAUUGCCUUUGUCGUCAUCUUUUGCUUCCCUUAUGCGAUCCCCACCGACGCCCAGUCCAUGAACUACACGAGCUUGAUGACCGGGGGGUUAACUCUCUUCGUCGCCGUGUGGUGGUUUUUCCGCCGCAACAGCUACGAGGGACCAAAGGGCAUUCCUUUGUCGGACAAGACCGAGAUGGACGACGCCAAAUAAAAUACUACUAAACUUUGUUUUCUUCCUUAAACAAGGUCCUAAUCAACUUGGAUCAUCCGUUCUUCUUUCGGCGCUAUAGUAGUAUACAGUACCUUAGUUAAUAUCUAGUAUAGAAAUAUAUGCCUGGAGCUACCCAA